AUGGCUCCUGUGUUCGUACACUGUCUGUCCAAUGGCUCUUGUGUUCCUACACUGUCUGUCCAAUGGCUCCUGUGUUCCUACACUGUCUGUCCAAUGGCUCCUGUGUUCCUACACUGUCUGUCCAAUGGCUCCUGUGUUCCUACACUGUCUGUCCAAUGGCUCCUGUGUUCCUACACUGUCUGUCCAAUGGCUCCUGUGUUCCUACACUGUCUGUCCAAUGGCUCUUGUGUUGCAGACCUGUCUGUCCAAUGGCUCCUGUGUUCCUACACUGUCUGUCCAAUGGCUCCUGUGUUCCUACACUGUCUGUCCAAUGUGCUACACUGUCUGUCCAAUGGCUCCUGUGUUGCAGACCUGUCUGUCCAAUGGCUCCUGUGUUCCUACACUGUCUGUCCAAUGGCUCCUGUGUUCCUACACUGUCUGUCCAAUGGCUCCUGUGUUCCUACACUGUCUGUCCAAUGGCUCCUGUGUUGUGUUCCAAUGGCUCUUGUGUUCCUACACUGUCUGUCCAAUGGCUCUGUGUUGUACACUGUCUGUCCAAUGGCUCUUGUGUUGUACACUGUCUGUCCAAUGGCUCUUGUGUUCCUACACUGUCUGUCCAAUGGCUCUUGUGUUCCUACACUGUCUGUCCAAUGGCUCCUGUGUUCCUACACUGUCUGUCCAAUGGCUCUUGUGUUCCUACACUGUCUGUCCAAUGGCUCCUGUGUUCCUACACUGUCUGUCCAAUGGCUCCUGUGUUCCUACACUGUCUGUCCAAUGGCUCUUGUGUUCGUGACACUGUCUGUCCAAUGGCUCCUGUGUUCUUACACUGUCUGUCCAAUGGCUCUUGUGUUGCAGACCUGUCUGUCCAAUGGCGCUUGUCUUUCAAGACCAGAUUGCCCAGUGGCCCUUGUGUUCCACCAUUUGUUUGUUGAUAGUUCCUGUGUUGUACCAUUAACCGUCUAA